UUAUUUUAUACAAUAAGUAAAAAUGCCGAACGUAAUGUGUCAAAAACUUCAAAACACGAUUUCGUACGAUGAAGUCGAUCGUGUGCCUAAGAAUAUUAAUAUAACUUUAUUCGAUCUAUUUCUAUAUGUUGGUGCUAUUGUGGGGCAUUUUAUUGAUUUGGGGAUUGAUAUAAACAUUGCCGUGAGAUAUUGUUUGGGCAAUAUGAUGGUGGAGUUCGGCUGGACCUUGGUUUUUAUACUUCUACCGGGUAUUGUUAAUACAGCCAUAUCAGUGAGAAUGUAUUCCAUUGACAAGAAAGAAAAGACUGAGUCUGACGAGAUCACAAAACGAAAGUGGCUGCGCAAUCUCAUGCUGAUUAUUCUCAUGGCGCCAACUCUGCGCGUGCUUCAUGCAUUAAUCUACGCAAUAAAGUCUCGCAACGCGAGACGCAGGAAGGACCCGGUCUCCCAACAGAUGUACUAUAGGCUAAUGUUGAAGGAGGACAGUGACGCGGCGCUCCUGCGGAUUUUCGAGUGCUUCCUCGAGGCUGCGCCGCAGAUGGUCCUGCAGACAGGGUUACUGUUGCAGCGACACCAGCAUCUUACCUUGCAUCAGACGCUGUCAAUCGCGUCGUCGAUCUACAGCCUCGGCGGCAUGGGCUGGUGCCUGGCUUCGUUCCAGCGCGCCAUCCGCUACCCGCAGCCCGAUAAGCUGAAUAUCAAAUGGAGGGGGACCUUACUACAGACGCUGUGGCAUUUCUGUAUUACAUUAAGCCGAAUAAGCGCUCUCUCAAUAGUAGCUUAUCUGUUCCCGUACCAAUUGAUCGGAGCGUGCGCAGUUCAUAUCCUCACAAUGUCUUUCAUUGUCCAAUUCUUCGACCGGCCACCAUUCUGCAACCACCACAUCAUCGCUUCAAUAGCCUUUUCCAUCACUCUUGGUGCCGUGUAUCUCUUCACAUACAUCCCUGUUAAAGAGCUGAAGAUCACUCGAUAUCGGUAUGCGACAUACUAUACUAUAUGUUUCAUAGAAAACAUAGCAUGUGCUGUGAUAUGGUAUUUGUACUGUGAUAUGUAUGAACCGGAAAUGAGAAAUAUGGUAUAUUAUAUUGGUUUUCUCAUUAUAAGUACAGUUCCAUUUGUUUUCGGUAUACUUUUUAUGAUUUUGUAUUAUUUAUACUUCCACCCGAAGGCCACGCAUGGUGUCGACGACGUUAUUGAGCAAAAAAUGGAUCAUAUUGAACUUAAUAAUUGAUUUUUUUGUAUGUACAUUUGAUGAAGCUUAUUCAGGUCACUUGGGUUAUAUUUUAUUGAUUUAAUGUAAGAAAAUGAAAACUGACACUAUGUCAUCAUUGUACUUAUGAUUUGUGGAGCUGUUAUUUUCAUCAGUUACCAAUGAGAGAUUUUCUUAUCAUUAACAAUGUAUGUCAUAUCAGAUAUAAGUAUCAAUAUUUAAUACUUAUCAUGUGAUCAUAGCCACACUCUUUAGUACACAAACUGUUCAUGCGUUUUAAUAUCAAAUGAUGAACGGUUAAAUUUUCAGUGAGGGUUUCUUAAAGUUUGUGCACAUUGACGUGUGGCCAAUCGAUAGACGUAAUACUUCGUAAUUGUCCUUUUAGAAAUAUAUAUUGUGUAGUACUGCAGAUAUGUCGUCACUCUUUUCACUCCUUGUCCUGUCUGCCUUUUGUUUGGCAUACCUUAGUAAGGCAUGGUCUGUGAUUUUACUGAUAAAACAGACGUAUCCAUAGCAGCGAAUCAAUGCACAGCGAAAAAUUUUAAAUGUAUGUUAUUGGUUAAUUAUUAAUAUGAAAAGGGCGGGACGGGUGUGUGGCUGUCGGCUGUACGUGAAAAUCUGGUAAAUCACAGAACAUGUGAGGGGCCUUUCAGCUACGCACUUAGCCUUACUUCUACCUUUUUUGAUAUGAAAGAAAACCAAUAAAAAAUAAUUGGAAAAAAUAUUUGGAUUCUACUAAUUCUAGUUAUGACAAGGAGAGUGACGAUAGAGAGUAAUACAUAUUAAAUAUAACGUGUUCGCGUGUUUUUUUAAUGCUCUUUUGUUCUACUUAAUAAUUUAAUCUUGUUUACUUAAAAUAAGUUGUGAUCUAUAUUUUUAUCAAAGUUCAAAGUAGUACAAGCAACUGU